AUGAGCCGGCGCGGCGCGGUGCAGAGGAAGCUGCCCUGCUUGUUCGUGACCGAAGUGAGGGAGGAGCCCUCGGCCAAGCGGGAGCGCCAGCCAUUUAAAGUUCUGGCAACUGAAACUCUCAGUGGAAAAGCCUUGGAGGCAGACCUGGCCAGUGCCAUCCCUACUGAGAAGGUGGAUGGGACCUGCUGCUAUGUCACUGCCUACAAAGGGAAGCCCUGCCUGUGGGCCCGGCUGGACCGCAGACCCUCCAAGCAGGCUGAGAAGAGGUUUAGACGCUGCCUGUGUGCACUGGAUGGCUGCAGAGAGUUUGUUUGGAAUGUUGAAGAGGAUUUCAAGCCUGUUCCAGACACCUGGAUUCCAGCCAAGGACAUUGAGUUCUCUAAUGGCAACCCUUUGCCUGAUGAGAAUGGCCACAUGCCAGGCUGGGUGCCUGUGGAGCAGCACAGCAAGCAGCACUGCUGGCACUGCUCUGCCGUCAGCUACGAGGCUGGGGUGGCUCUGGUGCUGAGGCGCCACACGGAGCCAGGCCUGCUGGAGAUCAGCCCUGUGCCCCUGGCAGAGCUGCUGGAGCAGACCCUGGAGCUGAUUGGGACCAACAUCAACACCAAUCCCUAUGGCUUGGGAAGCAAGAAGCAACCAAUUCACCUUCUGGUGCCACAUGGAGCUUUUGAGAUCAGGAACCCCCCUGCUCUGAAACACAAGGCCAUCCUCUCCUGGUUCGAGGGCUGCAGCGAGGGCAAAGUGGAAGGCAUUGUGUGGCACUGCCAGGAUGGCAGCCUGAUCAAGCUCCAUCGCCACCACCUGGGCUUGCGCUGGCCCCUGGCAGAGCCUCAGCUCAGCUCCCAGCCUGUGGUCAUCUCCUUCCACACACCUGAGCACCACUUCGACCUGGAACCAAAGAGUUUGUUUCACCAUUUUGCCAAGCUGGAUGGGCACAGAUUUGACAGGCUCCAGGACAUCAAGUUUGAUGCUUGAAAUCCUCUUCCUCCUCUCAGUGUUUGCUGCCUUCCUCUCCCUCCAGUCUCCCCUGGAGCCCUGCAGGUUGUCUCCCAGCUUGGGCAGCAGCCAGGUGCUUGCUGCCAGACCUCCCUCAAGGACUAACUUCAGUCUCAACCCUUUCCUGGGAGCUGUGAGGAUGCAGAGCCAAACCUGCUGCCUCUCACUGGCUGGCCCUGAUGCCUCAGCUGAGGAAGGCAAGCAGCUGCUCAAGGUCCUGGCUUGCCCUGCUGUCAGCAGUCACAGUGCACUGGGCCCUGGGGGCUCAGGCUGAGGCUCUGCCUGGGUUUAACAGCAGAGGGAAGCUUUCAGGUGGGACCAGAAACAGGCCUGGAACUGGAUCAGUUUUUGUACAGUUGUAAGAGUUCCCUUUGGAGGGAAGCCUCUCCC